AUGCGUUAUACACGUAUCGCCACGGCAGACUUUGAGCAAUCACUAUUGUUACUGUUUCUGUUUCAACUGACUUCGUCGGUCGUCCGGUCGGUCAGCGCAGACAGACGUUACGACCAUCACUUGCUAGGUACAAGCCCGGCGUGGAACAAUUCUUACAUUCCACGAGCUGUCAUCCACAGUCGGUUUCAGAUGACUCGAGCCGGGCGCGUGAUAGUCGUGUCCCCGCGUUUCCGGCCCGGCGUCCCGUUUACGUUGGGUUCGUUUCGGACCGCCGGGACCGACGACAGGGCAGUCGUCGAACCGGACGUGCAGCCGCUGCCUUCCGAGCCCGACACGCACCUAGCCGAGACGUCGGUACCGUCGGCCAGCGCUGACUCGGCUCUGACCCCGGCUCCGCUUGUCAACGUCGUCGACCUUUGUAUCGACGACAUCAAUGACGUUGUGUGGCUGUUGGACGUGGGUGUGGUGGACACGAUGACCGACAGUCCGAGACGCGUCGCCCCGGCAAAGGUCGUCAAAUUGGAAAUCGAUGACGAUCAGGACCACCGAAGACCGCCAAAGUCGUCGUACGAGACGUUCGAAAUCAAGACUGUAGUGAUUGAUACCAUAGACAACGGUGCCGAGACCCCGUCUUGUCUACAAUACAUUACCACGUUUCGUUCGCGAACCGGAGAUUGCAACCAUUACGCUUUCGUGUCGGACGCGGCUCGAAGCACAGUACUGGUGUUAAACACGGACACGGGAGCUCAGUGGGCCAUGGACUUCCCGCAAAAGUCGACAGGGCUCGAAGGGACGCCGAGAGAUAUACUGUUCAUGGUGCAACUACAAAUCGCGAACGGCCAGACAUGGAUGUACACCACGUUCAUGUCCGGUUGCAAGGUGUUCGCCGUCAACCUCGAGUACAUCGACCGAUGCACUUUGGACUCAGCUCAGCCGGCCAUCGUCGAGGUGGGACAUAAACCGUACCAGAUCACCGUGCUCGGUACGGAUACAGGAAGUCGCAUGUAUUUCCGGCGGCCAACUGAGAACGAGAUAUGGUCGUGGGACGCUAACUACGGUCCAUUUCACCCGAUUGGCUUUCAGUUAGUUUCCAAAGGCCAGGAUUGCCGGGCUCCGGUGCACGUGGCCCCCGGUUAUGGUGGAUUCGUUUAUGUGCUCAGGAACAACUUUGCCGACUACAUACGCAAUACCACCGGGUCGAUGGGCGCUUACAGCCUCAUACAGCCCGUGCUCACGCUGUCUUCAUCCUAUUCGAUAUCUACGACUACUUGCGCGGUGCCAUCCAAAAAAGCCAAUCAUUAUGCAUCAUCUGAUCUGAACUGA